AUGCCGGGCGCAACUGCAACAGCAAACUGCGCCGCGCGCGAGGCCGCCACAAUCCUCAGCAACAGGCUGCCGCAUUGGGCGCAAGAUAGUUCCAAUCUCCCCGAUGAGGCCAGCUUAAUACGCGAUCUCCAGUAUCAACACCAACAGCAACCGCUACCGCAGUUGUCGUCGGCCGCUGGCCUCCCGGGUACGGAUUUUGGGCUCUUCGGUCCAGAAUCCGUCAACGAUCCGAGCCUCGCUUUUCUUGAUCCGUCACCUUGGGACACUCUGCCGUGGACGUCGGCUGCUUCUGCGACGCCUCACGUCAGUGCCAGUCCCCUCGACAACUCGAUAGGCCAAUCCCAGCUGGAUCCCACCUUCGGGUCCAGCGAUAGCUCCAACUCCAACAGCCCCAACCAGCCUCCGCCCCUGGACAUGUCAGUGUACGCCGCUGUCUCUUCGGGGGCUCAGCCACUCCAUCGCUCCUCGCCCAACUCGGACGGCCGUGAGUCUGAGGCCGCGACGCCCUAUGCCGACAAAGUCCUCCGCCGGCAACGAAACACCAUUGCCGCGCGCAAGUACAGACAAAAGAAGGUCGACCGCAUCGACGAACUCGAGAACCUGCUAAAGGAGAUGACGCGCGAGAGAGACGACUUACGCAUACGCCUCGCUCGGCAGGAGGCCGAGACGGAGGCUCUCAAGAGCAUCAUGCGGACGGAGACUAAGAAAUAG